AAAACACACACACUACACACAGCUGUUCUCUUCUCCACUUUCUCCUUAUCUCUCUCCCCAUCUCUCUCACCGGAAGAAUAGAAUAAAGUGUUACUAACCAUAGUGGAGAAGAGCCACUCUUUUUGUGUUUCAAGAAAGUUGGGCCCAAUUUUUUUUAGUUACGAGGAUGAAGAUUGUAAUGUGGAAUGUGUUGCUGAUGAUAUUGAGCUCAUGGGUUUGUUUUAGUGCAGCUUCUGUAUCUUAUGAUCAUAAAGCUAUUGUUGUUAAUGGCCAGAGAAGGAUUCUUAUCUCUGGAUCCAUUCAUUACCCAAGAAGCACCCCUGAGAUGUGGCCAGAUCUUAUUGGGAAGGCUAAAGAAGGAGGUUUGGAUGUGAUCCAGACUUAUGUUUUUUGGAAUGGGCAUGAGCCUCAACCUGGCAAAUAUUAUUUUGAGGAGAGAUAUGAUUUGGUAAAGUUUAUAAAGCUAGUGCAGCAAGCAGGUCUUUAUGUUCAUCUCAGGAUUGGUCCUUAUGCGUGUGCUGAGUGGAACUUUGGCGGCUUUCCUGUUUGGUUGAAAUAUGUUCCAGGGAUCAGUUUCAGAACAGACAACACACCUUUUAAGGAUGCUAUGCAGAAGUUCACAACAAAGAUUGUGAAUAUGAUGAAGGCAGAAGAGUUAUACGAGACUCAAGGGGGUCCAAUAAUAAUGUCUCAGAUUGAGAAUGAAUAUGGACCUGUAGAAUAUGAACUUGGUGCUCCUGGUGAAGCUUAUACUAAAUGGGCAGCCCAGAUGGCAGUUGGUUUAGAUACAGGAGUUCCAUGGGUCAUGUGCAAGCAAGACGAUGCUCCUGAUCCCAUUAUCAAUGCCUGCAAUGGUUUUUACUGCGACUACUUCUCUCCUAACAAGGACUAUAAACCAAAGAUGUGGACUGAAAACUGGACUGGCUGGUUUACUAAUUUUGGAGGUGCAGUUCCUUACCGUCCAGCUGAAGACUUGGCAUUUUCAGUUGCAAGGUUUAUACUGAAGGGUGGAUCCUUCAUUAAUUAUUACAUGUACCAUGGAGGAACUAACUUUGGCAGAACAGCUGGUGGUCCAUUUAUUGCUACCAGUUAUGACUAUGAUGCUCCUCUUGAUGAAUUUGGCUUACUAAGGCAACCUAAAUGGGGUCACUUAAAAGAUCUGCAUAGAGCAAUAAAGUUGUGUGAGCCAGCGUUAGUUUCUGAAGAUCCCAUUAGAACAUCACUGGGCAACAAUCAGGAGGCCAGUGUCUUCAACUCGAAAUCAGGAGCUUGUGCUGCAUUCCUUGCAAACUAUGACAAAAACUCUUUUGCUAAAGUGGCUUUUAAUAACAUGCAUUACAACUUACCUCCUUGGUCUAUCAGCAUCCUCCCAGACUGCAAGAACACUGUUUAUAACACAGCAAGGAUAAGUGCACAAAGUGCACAAAUGAAGAUGACUCCGGUGGGCAGACCAUUCUCUUGGGAGUCAUACAAUGACGAGACAACAUCUUAUCAAGACAAUACAUUUACAACAGUUGGGUUGCUGGAACAAAUAAACAUCACAAGAGAUGUUUCAGAUUACUUGUGGUACAUGACAGAUGUCAGGAUUGACUCUGAUGAAGGAUUUUUGAGAGGUGGAGAGUGGCCUGUUUUAACAGUCCUAUCUGCGGGGCAUGCUUUGCAUGUUUUUAUUAAUGAUCAACUAACAGGAACCGUUUAUGGAAGUAUAGAAAACCCGAAAAUAACUUUUAGUAGUGGUGUAAAUUUGAGAGCCGGGGUCAACAAGAUUGCAUUGUUAAGUAUUGCUGUUGGACUUCCUAAUGUUGGUCCACAUUUUGAGACAUGGAAUGCUGGAGUUUUAGGACCAGUUACACUCAAUGGGCUUAAUGAAGGCAGAAGAGACUUAACAUGGCAAAACUGGUCUUACAAGGUGGGUCUAAAUGGAGAAGCCCUAAGUCUUCAUUCUCUAGGUGGAAGUUCAACAACAGAGUGGGCUGAAGGUUCUUUUGUAGCUCAAGAGCAACCGCUGACUUGGUACAAGACGACUUUUGAUACUCCAGACGGAGACCAACGUUUGGCUUUAGAUAUGAACACGAUGGGUAAAGGCCAAAUUUGGAUAAAUGGUCAAAGCAUUGGACGCCACUGGCCUGCAUACAAAGCUUCUGGUACUUGUGGUGGUUGUAGCUAUACUGGUUGGUUCGAUGAGAAGAAGUGCUUGAGUAAUUGCGGCGAGGCUUCUCAAAGAUGGUAUCACAUACCACGUUCUUGGUUAAAGCCAGCAGGAAAUUUGUUGGUUUUGUUUGAAGAAUUAGGCGGGAAUCCAUACGGGAUCACUUUAGUGAAGAGAGAAUUAGCAAGUGUAUGUGCUGAUAUUUACGAGUGGCAACCAACCCUAAUGAAUUGGCAAAUGCAGCACUCUGGUAAAGUCAAUAAACCCUUGAGGCCAAAAGCCCACCUCUGGUGCGCACCUGGUCAGAAGAUCUCUUCGAUCAAGUUUGCCAGUUUUGGAACACCAGAAGGUGCUUGCGGAAGCUUCCUGGAGGGCAGCUGUCAUGCACAUAAAUCCUAUGAUGCUUUUGAAAGGAACUGCAUUGGUCAAAAUGCAUGCUCAGUGAGAGUAGCGCCUGAGCAGUUUGGAGGAGAUCCAUGUCCGAAUAUAAUGAAGAAACUCUCUGUGGAAGUGAUCUGCAGCUGAUAUAACUGACAUUUCAAAGUAAGUGAUAGUAAAUACCAGACUAAUUCUUUGAAACCUUCAAGCACCAUAUUAGGAUUGCUACACAGGCCACGACCAUUUAAUUGGCUUUGACAUAUGGAAAGUUGUACAUAUAUAAUACAACACACCAUGUGCAUCAAAGCCUUUAGAGAAUUUUGAAGACGGUCUUGGAGAAGAUUAAUCAAAGUAGAGUAGCUCGCUCUCACAUUCUUUUCCUCAUCUAAUCAUAAGGCUGAUAAGCCAAGUUGGCUAAGGGCUCCCAUGAGCACCUUGAUGACGAGUUCAUAUGCUGCUGUGCAAGGAGUUGGAAGCUCUUUGCUCGAGGCGUUUGUAGAUACAUUCAACCUAUUGCAUUACUAUCAACGUAUCUCAUUGCAUAAUACUAGAACAAUGCAUGCCCUUGUAAACAAAUGAUUUAUUUGGUUAUCAAUUACUAAUACAAGCUUCUGAAAA